UGAUCACCUGGGGGGUGAAAUUGUCCCCUCCCCUUGAACGACUUCUUUCACAGUAUCUUAAACUGUGUUCUUGUAAUCUCAUAGUGCUGUAUACAUCUGUGUAAGUGAAACGAAGCAAAUAUAUGAAUUAUACAAAACAACCUGUUCUCCUUGAACUAAACUAACACAUUGUAACACCACUCCAGAUUUGGAGUGGCUGGUAACGGCUCUCACCUGAAGAGAAGAAAGGACGCAUUCAGUGCAGCUCACCCAUCAGAGGAAAGCGCUAACGAGUCCCUGUGGAAGAGAACAAAGAGAGGCUAACACCGGACAGCGGACACCCGGGGAGGGGCUGACGUGUUGGGGGCGUGUUCUUGUGCCUGGAACUGAGAGAGAGGGGGUUAAAUCUGCAGUGAGGACUAGUCUAGUCACACAGAUUACCUGUCGCUGUUAGUUUGAGCUGCCUGUUUACCCUGGAGAGAAGAACCGAGACGGUCAGAGCGAGUGAGUAGAGCCGUGCUGCACAUCCCACUGACAAUACCUGAAAUUUGGAGUGGCUGGUAACGGCUCUCACCUGAAGAGCAGAAAGGACACAUUCACUGAGGAGACGGUCAGAGCGAGUGACUAGAGCACUAGAGCCGUGCUGCACACCCCACUGACAAUACCUGAAGACUGCCUUAUCCAGGUGAAAGCCAAGGAACAAAGAUGGAGUUGGUACCUAUCUGCAUUAAACAGGAGAUGACUGAACUGGAACCUGUCCACAUUAAAGAAGAGACUGAACCGGAGCCUGUCCACAUUAAAGAAGAGACUGAACUGGAGCCUGUCCACAUUAAAGAAGAGACUGAACCGGAGCCUGUCCACAUUAAAGAAGAGGAGACUGAACUGGAGCCUGUCCACAUUAAAGAAGAGACUGAACUGGAGUCUGUCCACAUUAAAGAAGAGACUGAACCGGAGCCUGUCCACAUUAAAGAAGAGGAGACUGAACUGGAGCCUGUCCACAUUAAAGAAGAGACUGAACUGGAGUCUGUCCACAUUAAAGAAGAGACUGAACCGGAGCCUGUCCACAUUAAAGAAGAGGAGACUGAACUGGAGCCUGUCCACAUUAAAGAAGAGACUGAACUGGAGUCUGUCCACAUUAAAGAAGAAGAGACUGAACUGGAGCCUGUCCACAUGAAAGAAGAGACUGAACUGGAGUCUGUCCACAUUAAAGAAGAGACUGAACUGGAGCCUGUCCACAUUAAAGAAGAGACUGAACUGGAGCCUGUCCACAUUAAAGAAGAGACCGAACUGGAGCCUGUCCACAUUAAAGAUGAAGAGACUGAAGUGGAGCUUGUCCACAUGAAAGAAGAGACUGAACUGGAGCCUGUCCACAUUAAAGAAGAAGAGACUGAACUGGAGCCUGUCCACAUUAAAGAAGAGGAGACUGAACUGGAGCCUGUCCACAUGAAAGAAGAGACUGAACUGGAGUCUGUCCACAUUAAAGAAGAAGAGACUGAACUGGGGCCUGUCCACAUGAAAGAAGAGACUGAACUGGGGCCUGUCCACAUUAAAGAAGAGACUGAACUGGAGUCUGUCCACAUUAAAGAGGAGACUGAACGGGAGCCUGUCCACAUGAAAGAAGAGACUGAACUGGAGCCUGUCCACAUGAAAGAAGAGACUGAAUUGGAACCUGUCCACAUUGAAGGGGAAUCUGUUGACUUGUUUAAGGAUACAGAAAAUAUAUCCUGGCCAAAGAUAUCACAUCAGUGUAAUGAAUGUGGGCAGAGCUUCAGCCGACCAGGAAGCCUAAAAACACACCAGCAGAUUCACACUGGAGUGAAGCCGCACCACUGUACUGAAUGUGGAAAAAGCUUCCGUCAGUUAGCAGUCCUAAAAAGACACCAGCGACUUCACACUGGAGAGAAGCCGUAUCACUGUACUGAAUGUGGAAAGAGCUUCCGUCAGUUAGCAGUCCUAAAAAGACACCAGAGACUUCACACUGGAGAGAAGCCACACCACUGUACUGAAUGUGGGAAGUGCUUCAAUGCGUCAGGAAGCCUAAAAAGACACCAGCGACUUCACACUGGAGAGAAGCCGUAUCACUGUACUGAAUGUGGAGAGAGUUUCAUGGAGUCAGGAAGCCUAAAAAGACACCAUCGAUUUCACACUGGAGAGAAGCCGUAUCGCUGUUUUGAAUGUGGGAAAAGCUUCACUGACAAAGGAACACUAAACAAACACCAGCGAAUUCACACUGGAGAGAAGCCGUAUCAAUGUACUGAAUGUGGGAAGUGCUUCAAUGCGUCAGGAGGCCUAAAAAGACACCAUCGAUUUCACACUGGAGAGAAGCCAUAUCGCUGUUUUGAAUGUGGGAAAAGCUUCACUGACAAAGGAAAACUAAAAAAACACCAGCGAAUUCACUCUGGAGAGAAGCCGUAUCACUGUGUUGAAUGUGGGGAGAGCUUUAGUCAGUCAGGAAACCUAAAAACACACCAGCGACUUCACACUAGAGAGAAGCCAUAUCAAUGUACUGAAUGUGGGGAAAGCUUCACUAACAAAGGAAAACUAAAAAAACACCAGAGAAUUCACACUGGAGAAAAGCCACACCACUGUACUGACUGUGGGAAGAGCUUCAGUGUGUCAGGAAAACUAAAAAUACACCAGCGAAUUCACACUGGAGAGAAGCCGUAUCACUGUCUUGAAUGUGGAGAGAGCUUCAGUGAGUCAGGAAGCCUAAAAAGACACCAACGCAUUCACACUGGAGAGAAGCCGUAUCACUGUGUUGAAUGUGGGGAGAGCUUUAGGCAGUCAGGAAACCUAAAAAGACACCAGCAAAUUCACACUAGAGCUAGCCUCCCUCCCUCUCAGUCCCUCACCUCUCCACCCUGCUUGUUUGAGUGUGUGGAGAGCUGACUGAUUCCUUGUCUCUCUCUCACCCUGCAGUAAAUGAAGUGGGUCCCCAGGAGUGAGAGCCAGAGACACUGAGAAGGGGAGCGUGUCAAACUGAAGGAGACAGACCCAUUCUUUCAGAAUGAACUGCAUUGGAAAUUAAUCUCACUUAUCAUGCUGUGAGGAUUUAUGCCAAGCUUGUUUCUGUGAACACAUUAAACAAAGAUGCCAAAAACACAUCAUAUUUUUAAAAUACCAUUACUGUACCAGUGUCGGUGAGAAAAGAAGUAAAUUAUUUAAAAGAAUCUAAAACUAAAACUCUCUUCAUGGGUGUGGCAGCAGUGUGCCCUUCAUAUUACUAGAAUGGCCUCUAAGCUAUUGCACCAGUGCAAGCACAAGCUGAAACAACCUUUUUUUCUUUUUUUUAUUUCACGUGGUGCAAACUUUGCACUGGAGCAAGUGCUGUUUUGGGUUUGAAUGAACUUGACUGCUUUGAGUGUUUAAAGGGCACAUACAGACCUUUUAUUUUAUUGUGUUACAUGUUCCCAUGUGUUUACGUAAGGUGUUUAUUGUUUUCAUUUUUUUAUACAUUUUGACCACUUUUUUAAACUUUUAAAUUGCAUUCCCUGCCUCAAGAUGGCUUCCCAUGUACCUACAUGGACCUCUCAGAACUACAUUUCCCAUCAUCCUCCUCCUGCUCACAUAUGUAACUGAGAUGAAUUUACCAGUGAGCAGGAGGAUGAUGGGAAAUGUAGUUCUGAGAGGUCCUUGAGGCAGUGAAUGCAAUUUAAAAGUUUAAAAAAGUGGUCAAAAUAUAAAAAUAAAACAACAAAUUAAACAAUACACACACCUUCCGUAAGCAGUUGUAGCAACACAUGGGAACAUGCGACACAAUCAAAUAAAAAGGUCCUUAUGCACCCUUUAAGUACUGAGAACCUCCAAGCUUGUUGUAUACUGGAGCCCUGCUUCAAUGCAGUGGGAUUGAAAUACAAUUCCUAUCAUUUUUAUUGUGUAAAUUGCUGUGUGUGCAAUUAUGACAGACCCACAAUAUUAGAGCUGUAUAAAUAUACUGUAAAGCAUGAAAGGUUUGCAAGUAAAAGAUUCAUAAAAGUUGCAUUUACUCAAAUCUGCAAUACAUACAUGCUGCAACAUUACCAUUAUUACUACAUUCAUAGUUAUACAGUUUAUGAAUAAUUGAUAUAAACAAUCUGCAGAAUGAAGUUGCCUCAGACUGUUUGACAGUAACAGAGCUGGUGCUUUUGUGGAAUCACCAUUAGCUGUUUAAUCCUUUGGGCAAAAUAUGGCUUGUUUGCUUGUAUUUUGUAUCAGUAUGAUAUCAUUAGAGUGACAAUGCAGUACAUCCAAAGGCAGGCUUAGUUAUUUAUAAAGGAUUUCAUUGACGUUGAGUUUGAGUUCCUGUAUGUUUUCCAGUAUCUGUGUGUAUAAAGGGCACAUUAUUAUGUUUCCAUUACCUCUGUAUGUAAAAGGUUUGUCAUUGUUUAAACUGUCAAUGAUUCCUGAGAUACAGAUCUGCAAUGGAACUGAACAAACCCAAGGGAGACAUUGAAAAAGGGGAAGAUGCUGCUGUUUGUGGUGAAUAUUCCCUGAAUAUAAUAUUAAUACAUGAAAGUGUAUUAUAAAUGUAACUGGACAGAUUAAUGAAAUCUCUGUGUCUUGAAGAAAAAGGGCUCCUUUCCUGCAGACACACUGAACUGUGUGACCCCUGAACUAGGUGAGCAGGGCUGGGUGGCAUCUGGACUGGAUUAGGCUGAAAGGACAGUUGAAUUCUGUACAGAUAAUUCACAGCGGCAACAAGAAGCGGUUUGACGCGAGGAAGACAUAAAGCAUCGAUGUCCUAGCGGAAAAGGACAUUAAACAUCAAAGGACUGAGUUUUAAGGUGCAAGAUGAACAAAUGACCAAUGCAGAUAGCAACCUAGCAUAGAGAAAUGCUAUAAAUAUUCAAGCAAAACUAAACAUGUUGUGCUCCACUUUGAUUGCUAAACCAAUUGCUGUCACUCUGCUAUGCCAACUCCGGGACUGUGACUGAGAACACGACCCAAAAAGGGAAGGCAAGCUAGUAAACGAGCAAAUGCAGAGAGACUGAGUUUGCUGUAAGCCAGUAUAGUUCCAGUUGCGUUUUCCUCUCAUGAAACUAAAUUAAUUAAUUGUAACACUAUCACGUACAAUUGAAAUGUUAAUUGUUUAGUUUGCACACCUUGUGUGUGAAAUAACGUUUUAGUGAAACUUGAUUAAGUAACAAUAAGUAAUCUAUCUCAUAGUUGGAUGAAGAAUGUAUUUUAAAGUAAUCUUGCUAUAUCGUUAAACAAUUUACUAUUAGUAAGCUUUAGUGUGAUCUAUUGUAAGAUUGUCUGACCCAUUUCAGUUUAGGCUGUGUGUGUGUGUGUGAGUGUAAGCAGUGUCAUAUUUCACUGGUCCUGCUAGCUGCUUUAACGCAGGCUGAGAGCUUUGACUUUAUGACUGUUAUGCUUAGAAAACCAAGAGAUUGACUUAAUGACUUUUGUGAUUUCUGUUUAAUAUUUGUGCUCUGAAUACAAUACUACUAUUGAUGAAACAUUCCUUGUGUCUAGAGUGUGUAUGUGGGUUCAUAGUAAAUCCUCAAUCGUGUAAAACAUCAAUUAAAUAGGUUUUAUAAGAGAACUAAUCAAUCUAGAUAAAACUCUAAACUCUCAAUUAUAGAAUUGUUCUUAGAGGCUUUGUGAAAUGAGAAAUGGGAUUACCUCUGUGUCAUGGAAUUCCUUUGCUAGUGUCUCAUGAUGUAAGCCCUGGAGUGUGGGCUCAGUCUUCAUGAAAUGAGAAAUGGAAUUCCUUUGCUAGUGUAUCAUGAUGUAAGCCCUGGAGUGUGGGCUCAGUCUUCAUGAAAUGAGAAAUGGAAUUCCUUUGCUAGUGUCUCAUGAUGUAAGCCCUGGAGUGUGGGCUCAGUCUUCAUGAAAUGAGAAAUGGAAUUCCUUUGCUAGUGUAUCAUGAUGUAAGCCCUGGAGUGUGGGCUCAGUCUUCAUGAAAUGAGAAAUGGAAUUCCUUUGCUAGUGUAUCAUGAUGUAAGCCCUGGAGUGUGGGCUCAGUCUUCAUGAAAUGAGAAAUGGAAUUCCUUUGCUAGUGUCUCAUGAUGUAAGCCCUGGAGUGUGGGCUCAGUCUUCAUGAAAUGAGAAAUGGAAUUCCUUUGCUAGUGUCUCAUGAUGUAAGCCCUGGAGUGUGGGCUCAGUCUUCAUGAAAUGAGAAAUGGAAUUCCUUUGCUAGUGUCUCAUGAUGUAAGCCCUGGAGUGUGGGCUCAGUCUUCAUGAAAUGAGAAAUGGAAUUCCUUUGCUAGUGUAUCAUGAUGUAAGCCCUGGAGUGUGGGCUCAGUCUUCAUGAAAUGAGAAAUGGAAUUCCUUUGCUAGUGUCUCAUGAUGUAAGCCCUGGAGUGUGGGCUCAGUCUUCAUGAAAUGAGAAAUGGAAUUCCUUUGCUAGUGUCUCAUGAUGUAAGCCCUGGAGUGUGGGCUCAGUCUUCAUGAAAUGAGAAAUGGAAUUCCUUUGCUAGUGUAUUAUGAAGUAAGCCCUGGAGUGUGGGCUCAGUCUUCAUGAAAUGAGAAAUGGAAUUCCUUUGCUAGUGUAUCAUGAUGUAAGCUCUGGAGUGUGGGCUCAGUCUUCAUGAAAUGAGAAAUGGAAUUCCUUUGCUAGUGUAUCAUGAUGUAAGCCCUGGAGUGUGGGCUCAGUCUUCAUGAAAUGAGAAAUGGAAUUCCUUUGCUAGUGUAUCAUGAUGUAAGCCCUGGAGUGUGGGCUCAGUCUUCAUGAAAUGAGAAAUGGAAUUCCUUUGCUAGUGUAUCAUGAUGUAAGCCCUGGAGUGUGGGCUCAGUCUUCAUGAAAUGAGAAAUGGAAUUCCUUUGCUAGUGUCUCAUGAUGUAAGCCCUGGAGUGUGGGCUCAGUCUUCAUGAAAUGAGAAAUGGAAUUCCUUUGCUAGUGUAUCAUGAUGUAAGCCCUGGAGUGUGGGCUCAGUCUUCAUGAAAUGAGAAAUGGAAUUCCUUUGCUAGUGUCUCAUGAUGUAAGCCCUGGAGUGUGGGCUCAGUCUUCAUGAAAUGAGAAAUGGAAUUCCUUUGCUAGUGUAUCAUGAUGUAAGCCCUGGAGUGUGGGCUCAGUCUUCUCUGCUGCCUGCUUGUUCUCAGUGUGUGAGUUCAGCUGCAGUUCCAGUGUCCUGAGCUGGGCUUUGAACACACUGGGGACGCAGCUGAGAACAAGCCAGACCCACGACUCAGGGAUUUUGUUUUAGAUCAGAUAACAAGAUGAGAAACCUUAUACGCAUAACACUGUUUUAUUGUUUUUACAUUUUUUUUCUAUGAAUUUAUUAGGACUCUGAAUCUCUUUGCAUUCAUUGUGUUGCAAUUUAGACAUUUUCACUUUACGUAUUAAAAAGCACAGAUAAGUCUAUUAGAAAUAGACUACAACUCUGGCUAAAGGUUUUGCCUCACUCUGUGGAAUGAACUAAUUUUGCUUCAUAAAUUCGAAUGAAAUCUGCUGAAUAAUGUUACAUGAACACAUUGAAUUACACACUGCUUUGUAGUUUUCCAUAUACUGAAUGAAAAAGUGACAUUUUGAAAUCUAUGAUGAAGUACUGUACUACUAUUAUGGCAUCCAGUAGACACUUGUGAUAUCCUUGUGUAGUUUCUUUGAUUUCACAAUGUUAAAUAAAAGUUCUGAAUUAUGUUCAUAUAGUUGUUUUUUUUGUUUUGUUUUUAACUAUACCAACAAAUUCUAGGUGAUGCUAAACUUUUGUCUGAGCUCUACAUAUAAAUCAGCACUGCCAUUACAGUAGAAUGUUUAAAGCUUUAUAUAUUGUGUAUCAAUUGCAUUCUAUAAGACAGUGUGAAGUGUAGAUCAUGCUAUUAAAAGAGAACACCUUUACACAUUUCACUGUUCAGAAGCCACUAAUAAACUUUGCAUUGAUUUUACACUGAACUGUUGUGAAGUGUUUUUUCUUUAUUGCUUUACUGCUCGGCUCCACUAUUUGUGCUGCCUGUCUAGGAGAAGAGAAGUCUAUUAAUCCAAACAGCAUGCAGAUUGAUUUAGAUUGGAUCAGGAGCAAUGGAUCCUCAAACAGGUUUGCACUGUACAGGGAUGUCAUGCAUGCGGAAAUGGGAAAAACAACAAACAAAA